UAUCGGUUAACCCCUGCGUGGCCGAUCGGGCAGGACUCCGCCGGCCGGAACCCGCGAGUCGGGGCUCCCCAGCCACACCCCUCGCGGGAUUUAAAGGGGCCGGAGGGGCCGGGUCGGUGGAAGCCCGAAGCUAGGGAGCGGGCAUGCGGCGCUGCCCGUGCCGGGGGAGCCUGAGCGAGGCAGAGGCCGGGGCGCUGCCGGGAGCGGCCCGCAUGGGGCUGGAGGCGCCGCGAGGGGGGCGGCGGCGGCAGCCCGGGCAGCAGCGCCCUGGGCCCGGCGCAGGGGGCCCGGCGGGGCGGCCGGACGGGGGCGGGCCCUGGGCCGGGACCGAGGGGUGCAGCCUCCACACGGAGCCCGAGAGGGUCGGCCUCGGGCCUGAGCAGGGGACAGACGGACAGGGUGAGCCUGAAGCAGCUGGCCUCGGAGGGGACACAGAACGGCCCGGCCGAAAGACGGAGCCAGACAAAUCCAGCCUCCGGACGUGUCCAGAAAGGAGCAGCCACUGGUCAGAGCUGGAGACAGCCGGUCCCUGGACGGAAACUGGGACAGAUGGCUUUUGGACGGAUCCACACAGGUCUGACCUCCAGUCUCAGUCAGAGAGGGCCAGCCUCUGGACGCAGCGCGGUGUUUCGGGGCCGUGGACAGAGACAGAAAUUCAUGGGUCACAGACCCAACCAGAGAGGGCCAAGACCUGGGCGCAUAACCUCUGGACCCAUAAUAACAGGUCCAACCUCCGGACUCAGCCAGAGGGGGGCCGUCCCUCAACAGGGCCAAAUGCUGGUGGCUCUUGGAAAGAACUGUGCACUGAUGGCUCCCAGAUACAACGGGAUACUGGAACAGCCUGCACACAGGUUGGCACUGAUGGUUUCCCAACACAGCAAGAUACUGUUGGCUCCUGGACACGGCCUGGCACUGAUGGUCCCCAGACAGAACCUGGGACAGACUGUUUUUUGGGCGAAUCCAAGCAGGAUGGCCCAUUAGAGGAACCAGAACCUGGGGACUUGGGGACGCACCUGUACUCUCACCUGGAGUGUAGCCUCCUGACCCCUGUACCCCGCCUUAUCAUCACUCCUGAAACACCAGAGCCCGAGGCUCAGCCAGUGGGACCCCCCUCCCGUGCUGAGGGGGGCAAUGGCGGCUUCUCCUCUGCCUCCUCUUUCGACGAGUCUGAGGAUGAUGUGGUGGCCGGGGGCGGAGGUGCCAGCGACCCUGAGGACAGGUCUGGGAAUAAACCGUGGAAGAAGCUGAAGACGGUUUUGAAAUAUUCGCCCUUCGUGGUUUCCUUCCGAAAACACUACCCUUGGGUCCAGCUGUCGGGACAUGCUGGGAACUUCCAAGCAGGAGAGGAUGGCCGGAUCCUAAAGCGUUUCUGUCAGUGUGAGCAACGCAGCCUGGAACAGCUGAUGAAUGACCCCCUGCGGCCUUUCGUGCCCACCUACUAUGGUAUGGUACAGCGGGAUGGCCAGGCCUUCAACCAGAUGGAAGAUCUCCUGGCAGAUUUUGAGGGCCCUUCCAUUAUGGACUGCAAGAUGGGCAGCAGGACCUACCUGGAGGAGGAGCUAGUGAAGGCACGAGAAAGGCCCCGGCCCCGGAAGGACAUGUAUGAGAAGAUGGUGGCUGUGGACCCUGGGGCCCCCACCCCUGAGGAACAUACCCAGGGUGCUGUCACCAAGCCCCGCUACAUGCAGUGGAGGGAGACCGUGAGCUCAACUUCCACCCUGGGCUUCCGGAUUGAGGGCAUCAAGAAAGCCAACGGGACCUGCAACACCAAUUUUAAGAAGACAAAGGAGCUAGAGCAGGUGACAAAGGUGCUGGAGGACUUUGUGGACGGGAAUCGUGGAAUCCUGAGAAAGUAUGUGGCACGCCUGGAAGAACUCCGAGAAGCUCUGGAGAACUCCCCCUUCUUCAAGACCCACGAGGUGGUGGGCAGCUCGCUUCUCUUUGUGCAUGACCACACUGGCCUGGCCAGGGUCUGGAUGAUUGACUUCGGCAAGACAGUGGCCCUGCCUGACCACCAGACGCUCAGCCACCGAUUGCCCUGGGCAGAGGGCAACCGCGAGGAUGGGUACCUCUGGGGUCUGGACAACUUGAUCCACCUCCUUCAGGGGCUGGCCCAGGGUUGACCCACUUGCCCACUGCCAGGUUUACUUAUUGGAUGGUGCCCAUCUGGCUGGUGGUGCCCCGGGAUUGGCCAUGGGGGCGGACCUUGGGGAUGGCAAAGGUGGUGUUGUACACCACACAAGACCAGAGUGGAAGGUCUUUUUAAGGGUCUUGGAGACCACGUAGUGCCCAGAGGUUUUAGACUGGAGGGGGGUGUGACAUGGCCGCAUCUCAUGGUGAAUCAGAACCAGACUGGGUCCUCCCACCAGCCAGGAAAGUUUCUGAGGGGCUGCUGGAGACCAUAACUAGCCGUGGGCCUCAACAGAACACAAUUCAGAAGCCACAGGGUGUGGGUGUGAGAUGGUGCCUCUCACUGUAGGAAUGACUAUAGUCACUGCCUCCUUGCCAGCCUGCUCAAGCUGGCUCCUGGAGGCCAGGGGAGGGUCAGUUUCAUCAUUGGUGCCCCAGAGAACCAGCCCUCACCUGCGAACAGACGCAGGAGCACCUGCCUGCCUGGGAGAAUUAGGGCCCCAUCUGUUCAUCUGGGAGCCAUCCCAGGGCUGAAGGACUCUGGGGAGGGUGUGACACCAUGGGGCUGGUCUGAGAGCUGCUGCUGUUGGGUGGGACCCAGUUCCCCGGUCCUGCCCUCCCCUGGCCCCAUGAGAUCUUCCCCACUCCUGAAAGAACUAUGCUGAUCCCCUGCAGACCUAAACCACAGCCACAUCCCAUGUCAGCACUGUGACUAGCACAACCUCAUUCCUUGGGCACCAGCUUCAGCCUUGGGACUUUCUCCUUUCCCCCUACCCCCUUGCCCUUGCUCCAAGCCAGCUGGUGGCAGGAAGGGCUUUCAGACGUGGAAAAGCAGGUUUGGGAAUCAGAGGUGCAGACUAGGUAGGUGGGGCCGCUGGCUGUGACAUGGGGUUUGCAGCCUGGUCCAAACCAAAGACCUUAGCACCCUCAAGCAUGGGUGAUGCCCCUCCAUCCCCUCCUCCUGCACCUGUCCCUUCAGCUUCCUAGCCUGAGGCUGGGAACCAGGCACCUCCCUCUUCCCUAAACUGAAGCUCUAAUGUGUCUUCCAGACCUGAGGAGGUGUGCUCCUUUUCUACUGAUCGUCUUUAUACUUAUUUAUAUGAGAGAGAUAGUUGUUAGCUGGGGCAGCAUUGGGGAACAGGAGGCAAAAAUCGCUUCACAUCCUUUCCUCCUGUGGUGAUGCUCCAAUAAAUCACACAUUCAAAGUCAA